AUGAGUCCCCCGGCUGAGCGUUCGCUGCUGAGCAGCCACAGCCACCAUGGCGAGCCAGCAGCACCUACCACCCCGGCCGACGAGCCGGGAAAGUUCGAAAAGGCCUUGCGCAAGACCAUCCACAAAGGCUGGACCAAGUUGUGCGCGGCCACGGCCAAGUGUGAUCAGUGUCAACUCCAGGGCCGCGAAGUCCUUCAGAAGUGUCUACACUGCUCGUGGUGUAUCUGCCGGGAAUGCAGCGAAGCAAUCCCCGGGCCUCUAAAGAACAAUAAUCACCUCCUGGAUCACAACUCUGCAGACUGGGAAACUCCUCCCAAGAAAAGCGACUCCAACGCCAAGAAGACGGCCGUGAAGCGCGCCAAAAGGGACAAGACGGCCAGGCCGGUCGAGAAGCUCACCAAGAGCAAGAGGAAUCCUCCAUCCAUUAUCGAGGUACCCCCAGCCACUGGUGGUGGUGAAGGCGAAGGUGGAGGUGCUGAGGUAGAUGUUCAGGGUCAGGGUCAGGGUCAGGGUCAGGGUCCUCCCCUCAAAGUAAAAGCAGACAAAGCAACUCAAACCACGUCCAAAGUGUACACCGCACGCGGAGACCUCGACAGGUUCCUGAUGUAUGGCGACGAGGAAAACGCCGCCAAGGCUCUCGCCCUCAUGCAGAGCUCCCACAGCCUCGAGUCAGACAGGCAACAGCAUCCCGCUACGAGGCCCGUUUUCUCCGUACCGUCCCGUGUUCUUCUCCCGAACUCGCCAGGGCCCCGAUACCCGUCUUCUGCAUACUGGUCCGGAAACCCUCUGCCGCCCAUGCAUACCACAGCUCCGGGAGUGACCAUGACCAUGUCCAAACACCCUACACAGCCGUCUCCGCCGCCGUUCAAGCUCCCUCCACCGACGACAAGCACGCAGGUCCUCAACAGCAGAUCCAGGAACCACCAACGCUCGGGGGAGUGCGGAACAUAUCCUCAGACUCAGCUCCCUUCGCUGUUGCCGCCGCGGAACAGGAGCCGCGACGAGAAGGACAUCAACCCCUGCGCCGCGCACAAUGAACCGCACCACCCGUACAACAACAAGCAUGCCGAGCCAGCGAGGGAGUCGGCCCGCCAUGGGAGCGGCUACCACAGGCGUGCUUGCUUGGGAUCCGCACCGCCGAGGCCGUACGAGAUCCCCGAGAGCAUACAGCCGAGAAUGGCGUGGGCUCGCGUCGGUAAAGAGUCUCUGGACAGGGAGCAGCCCCUCGCGGGGUGGUCCGCCGCCGGUCCUUGGAGUCCUGCACCUCUUCACCGCGAGUCCGCCGACACCAACAAGUCCGCGCUCGGCCGACGCGGCAGGUCAUCAUCCAGGUCGCCGGGUCCCGAGCCCGUGUCCAAGAAACACCAGGCACACCAUGACGAUAAGACACCAGGGCAUGGCGAGCAAAGAGCCGCGGCUACAGUCCGUGCGUGA